CCCACACUUUAGUGCCAGACAUUCGCAGUUGUUUGAAGUAGCAGGAGCAGCUCCAUACCCAGGAGAGAGAGAGAGAGAGAGAGAGAGAGAGAGAGAGAGAGAGAGUGGGGAGACCAUUUGCAUUUGUGUUGUAAAGUCCAGAAGUGUUUGAAGAAGGCAAAUGGUUUCUCUGAGGACUUUAACUUCAGCUUCAGAAACAGAAAAGCAGCUCAGGCUUUUUGAAGUUACCACCACAAACUUCUCUGCCGGGCUCUUCUGAGCGGGACGGACUUUCAGCUCAGAGCUUUUGGAUCUCUAACAGCAAGAAGACGAAGACGAAGACGAAGAAGAAGGAAGUUUUUUAAUCAAAAACAAAGGUUUUAUGUUUACAACCUUGAACAAAUCCAUGUUUUUUGUAAGCGAGGAGCAUUCUGAGGAAUCUUCUACCACCAGCUCCGUUCUCUCUCAGGUCCAGUCUACGUCAUGACUUCUAGCUAUGCGCAUGUAAUGGACAGACCGGCCGUGCUGCCCAACCGCCUGGAAAGCCCCAUCACCGCCAAUCAUCUGGACAAUUUACACGCCAAGAAGAACUUUUCGGUGAGCCACCUGCUGGACCUGGAGGAAGCGAGGGAGAUGGUGGGAGCGCAGGGGGACGAGGGGGCCGCCGAGGCGGGCAGGAACAUGCUGGAGUCGCCCGGACUGACCAGCGGCAGCGACACCGCGCAGCAAGACAAUGAGCAGCUGAACUCGGAGGAGAAGAAGAAGCGUAAGCAGCGGAGGAACCGGACCACCUUUAACAGCAGUCAGCUGCAGGCGCUGGAGCGAGUGUUCGAGAGGACGCACUAUCCCGACGCCUUCGUCAGAGAGGACCUGGCACGCAGGGUCAACCUCACCGAGGCUCGAGUACAGGUGUGGUUUCAGAACAGGCGGGCCAAGUUCCGGCGUAACGAGAGAGCAAUGCUGGCCAGUAAAAACGCUUCGCUGCUCAAGUCUUACUCAGGAGACGUAACAUCAGUGGAACAGCCAAUAGUGCCCCGGCCUGCACCCAGACCCAGCGACUACCUGUCCUGGAGCGGCUCACCUCCGUACAGCGCAAUGGCAACCUACUCGCCGUCGUGCGCCAACAACAACACGGCCCAGGGCGUGAACAUGGCCAACAGCAUCGCGAACCUGAGACUGAAGGCCAAAGAGUACAGCCUGAACCAGGUGCCCACCGUCAACUGAGACGCUCUGGGCCGUUUUGGGCAAAAGGAGGGUAAACAGUGCCAAAGCAAGACUCUGUCACCCAUGCGCACGAAUGUAUUCACUGUGUGCCUUACAGCAUCGAGGCCUUCUAUCUUCUAUCUUCUUCGAAGGAAUGGAAGAAAAGCAUCACUUAACUUAUCCAAGCCCAAAAACUCAUUGAUUUACGUAAGAAGCUGUCAUGUUUUUGGCAGCCGGUGAUGACAUGUGGGGAAAAGUUUUUUGGAAAACACAAUAUGGCGAAAUGGAAAGUUUGUGUUUUCAUGUUCGCUGCGGCUGUGUGGGGCGUAGCUCCUGGAGGAGAAGAACGGCUAUAAAGUUCUGGAAACCGCAGCAGAUCGCAGGGAAACGAUGACCUCUGUGGAGUUCAGCUGUAGAAAUCUCAAAGACUUGUUGGGGAGUUUUCAGGAUUUUUCCUUGAUUUCCCUCGGGGACGCACUGCGCAGUAUAAUUAGACUGUAAGAAUGGCUGAGACCAUGGACUGACAGUUGUUUGUUCUUUUCUAGAGUAAGUGGGUAAAACAUUAGCAUUGAUGAAUAUAUGGUAACACUUUACUGAAG